UCACUUGCCGGCAAGCAAUUGUCAAAUUGCAUUGCAAAUUCUGACGAAAUAGAUUGUAUUUAUUGCAUCAAAUAACAAGUAAAUUAGCAAAUAGAUUAUCAACAAUUGAAAGAAGCAGUUACUGUGCAAAAUGGUGGUGCGCACGUACGAGGAGGAACUCAAAUAUCUGGAGAAAAUCAAUGAUCAUUGUUGGCGCAUCAAAAAGGGCUUCCAGCCCAAUAUGAACGUGGAAGGAUGUUUCUUUGUCAACAGUCGCCUGGAGAAGUUGAUGCUGGAGGAGCUAAAGAACUCCUGCCGUCCCGGAGCUGUUGGCGGCUUUCUGCCGGGGGUCAAGCAGAUUGCCAAUGUGGCUGCAUUGCCGGGAAUUGUGGGACGCUCAAUUGGAUUGCCUGAUAUUCACUCGGGCUAUGGCUUUGCCAUUGGCAACAUGGCUGCCUUUGACAUGGAUGAUCCACUGUCUGUGGUCAGUCCGGGCGGUGUGGGAUUCGACAUCAAUUGUGGCGUGCGUUUGUUGCGCACAAAUCUAUACGAGAAGGAUGUGCAGCCUGUGAAGGAGCAGCUGGCACAGUCGCUAUUCGAUCACAUACCUGUGGGCGUGGGCUCCAAGGGCAUCAUUCCGAUGACUGCCCGAGAUCUGGAGGAGGCACUCGAAAUGGGCAUGGAUUGGUCACUACGCGAGGGUUACGUCUGGGCCGAGGACAAGGAGCACUGCGAGGAGUAUGGCCGCAUGCUGAACGCUGAUCCCGCCAAGGUGAGCAUGCGGGCCAAGAAACGUGGUCUGCCUCAGCUGGGCACAUUGGGCGCUGGCAAUCACUAUGCCGAGAUUCAAGUGGUGGACGAGAUCUACGACAAGUGGAGUGCCUCCAAGAUGGGCAUCGAGGAGAAAGGCCAAGUGGUGGUCAUGAUACACUCGGGCAGCCGUGGCUUUGGCCAUCAGGUGGCCACCGAUGCCCUCGUCCAAAUGGAGAAGGCAAUGAAACGCGACAAGAUCGAAACCAACGAUCGCCAAUUGGCCUGUGCCCGCAUCAACUCUGUUGAGGGUCAGGAUUACCUGAAGGCCAUGGCGGCAGCGGCAAAUUUCGCUUGGGUCAAUCGCAGCUCGAUGACUUUCCUCACACGUCAGGCGUUUGCCAAGAUGUUCAACACAACUCCCGAUGAUCUGGACAUGCAUGUCAUCUACGAUGUCUCGCACAACAUUGCCAAGGUGGAAAAUCACAUGGUCGAUGGCAAGGAGCGCAAGCUGCUCGUGCAUCGCAAAGGUUCCACACGCGCUUUCCCGCCACAUCAUCCAUUGAUCCCAGUGGACUAUCAGUUAACCGGACAACCUGUGCUCGUUGGCGGCACCAUGGGCACCUGCAGCUACGUCCUCACGGGCACGGAACGCGGCAUGCAGGAGACCUUUGGCAGCACGUGUCACGGCGCCGGUCGCGCUUUGUCACGCGCCAAGUCGCGUCGCAAUCUGGACUACAAGGAGGUCCUGGACAAACUGGAUCAACUUGGCAUUGCCAUACGUGUGGCCAGUCCAAAACUGGUCAUGGAAGAGGCUCCGGAAGCGUACAAAGAUGUCACCGACGUCGUGGAUACCUGUCAUGCGGCGGGAAUCAGCAAAAAGUGCAUCAAAAUGCGUCCCAUUGCAGUUAUCAAAGGCUAAACGAGAUUUCAGUUUAAUAUUAAUUUAUAGAAUAUUUAAAAUGCAAUUAAAGCAAUACAAAAACUAUUGUAUUAUCUUGUUAAAAUCCAAA